AUGUCCGAACGCGACGUACCAAUGCCAGGCCCGGGAUCAGACGGCGCUGACGCGCAUCCUCCUCCUCAGCCCGGCCCCCAGCCUGGCCAUGGUGGCGGCGGUGCGGAAGGCGGCGGUAGCGGCGGUCCCUUUGACGCUGGAGUCCGAACCCAACUCGAGCUCCUCAACCAUAACUUGACCGUGCUGUACGGGGACAUGACCGCCAUCGGUCAAGAGCUAGUCGCCCUCCGGACCAGCGUCAACGCCCAGGGCGAGCUGCUCGCGGACCUCGACAAACAGGUGAAGGCCGUCGACCAGACUCUCCGUCAGGAGCUCCGCAGCCUGGAAGUCGUUGUCCGCACCGGCUUCGACGACCUCAUCAAGCGCAUCACCGCGCAUAGCGAAGCGCAGAAAGCGCACGCCGAUGACCUCGCCGCCACGUUCUUGCGGGCGAUGAAGUACGCAGCCGAUGUCGCGGCGAAGAGGGUGCCCCCCUACGACGACAAGGGCAAGGGCAAGGAGAACUAG